AUGCCGCCCUACUCUACAUCCCAGAAGCAGGCCAUCGCCCAGUUUGUCAAUCUUACAAAUAGCAAGGACUCUGUUGCCUCGAAGUCGUUGAGGGCAACAGGAUGGAACGUCGAGCGCGCCGUUGAUGCACUAAAAUUUCCAUUCCUAACGAACAGAUUCUUUGCCGGCACCGCCGGCCCCUCGAAAAGCACAAAGUUCCUCAACGAAGUCUUCGAUUCAUACCGAGAUGACGCAGAAGAAACACCCGACGGCAUCGGAAUCGACGGCGCUAUGAAAUUCCUCGGAGACAUCGAAGUCCAACUAGACGAAGUUGCCUGUCUAGCCAUCUUCGAAAUGUGCAAGUGCCCAUCGAUGGGCGAAUUCACGCGCGAAGGCUUCGUGGAUGGGUGGAAAAUGACACACUGCGACACCAAACCCAAAAUGACCCAACAUGUCCAAUAUCUCCGCAGCAAUAUCCCCAAGGACCCCGAGCUUUUCCGACGGGUAUAUCGCUUCACGUUCCCGCUGUCCCGGAUGCAAGGGCAGCGCAAUUUGCAAUUUGAAAUCGCGGCCGAACAGUGGAAACUUCUCUUCACCGCGGAUCGGGGCGGUGUGCCCUGGAACACGGCCACGACGGCGUGGCUGGAUUUGUGGAUCGAGUUCCUUGAGGGACGGGGGAAGAGGCCCGUUAACAAGGAUCUGUGGGAGCAGGCGGAGGUGUUUAUGCGGAAGAGUCUUGAAGAUGAAGAUUUUGGGUGGUGGAGUGCGGAUGGGGCGUGGCCCGGGGCGUUGGAUGACUUUGUUGGGUAUGUUAAGGGGAAGAGGGGGCAGGGGAGUGAGAUGGAGGUUGAAUAA